AUGUUUUGUUCAUCAUCUUAUAAUUUUGCCAUUCCAGAUAAGGAUCUCAAUGAGAACACUAAGAGAGAAAACAGUGACCCUGCUAUAGAGCAGACCCAAAACCAAGUCUCUCACUAUACCAUCCUGGGGGAGUACAUAUCACAGAAAUAUCAACGACAUGAGAUCUGUGAUAUCUGUUUUAAAUUGGGCGAUAAAUUAUUUCCAGCUCACAAAUUAGUCUUAGCCUCACAGAGCCCUCUGUUUGCCGAGGUGUUUGAGCGAGAAGACUUCUCAAAUGAACCGGUGGCCCCCAAAGUGAUAAAAGUCAGAGGAGUGUCAGAAGAAGUCUUGGUUUCCUUUUUAGAUUUCUUAUAUUCUGGAAAGAUGGAUAUCAACUCCGUGUGUUUAAGCGAUGUUAUAAAAUUAGCUGCGGUCUUUAAAGUGGACCAGAUACGACGUUUAUGUCUAAGGAAAAUCGAAAAGCUGAAUUGUCAGGAUUUGCUUCAGCUCUUGCCAACAAUGGCAAAACUACAGGAACACGGUAUAUGCGACCUGAUAAUCAGGAAAAUUACAUAUAACUUCCUGGAAGUCAAGGAGGAUCCAGAAUUUUUUAACCUUGACCUUGACACUUUGUGUACGAUAUUGUCUGCUGAUAAUAUCAAAGUCAGGUCGGAGUUCGAAAUUUUUGCGGCAGCAGUUUCAUGGAUUCAUCACCAUGAUUUCCAACAAAGAAUCCAUCACAUCGAAAAAGUGAUGAGCUGUGUCAGGUUUACCCUAAUGACUAGUCAAGAGCUGUUCCUUUGUUUUCGAAAAUUUCCCAUGCUGAAACAGAACCCGACCUGCGUCAACAUGAUAACUAUGGCCAAUUGGUAUAUAUUUUUUUAA